AUGAGAAAUCCAAAUGCGGCGGAGGUCAGUGCGGGCGAGAUAAAGUACAUACUGCGUGCAUGGGUAGGAGAAAGAAAAGCAAAGUGAAGGCGGAAGAAUGACAGGGAAGGGCAUCUCCCGAGUCAGGAGUGGACAACGUCCCGGGCGGCGGCUGACUCGGGGCGAGAUUGCCACGGUCGCCGUUGGGACGUCGGAGACUUUUGUUUUUGGUUUUUAUCAGGCUCCGAGGGACGGGGCCAACGGUAGUAAUCUUGAGCAAAUCAACCCAAUGGUUCGUAUUUGGCGGACUACGGAGCAGUCGAUUAUCAAGGUACUCCGCCGCGGCGGACAUACACUGAGGAGGACUAUGAGUUACUAUGAGUUACUGCGUAGUUCUCACUUCCGAGGUCCGUUGAUGACGAGCGACUCCACCUGCGCAACUCGGAGUUCCGCUUGGGCACCGGACUUGAUUGAUGAUCAAUUCUCCCUCAUUCUGGCCCCUUCGGAGUUCUGUCGAUGCUCGUAUUCGAUGGAGUUAUCCUCUCAUUGUUGUAUUCCAUACCCCAUAGUCUCCGUAAGAACUAGGAAGUAGGAAGUAGGAAGUAAAAGUAAAAGAAAAAGAAAAAGAAAAAGAAAAAGAAAAGGGCCGGAUUGCG